AUGACCCAGGUGCUCACGGGAUAUGGCAUGUUCGGCGAGUACCUCAGGAAAAUCGGACGGGAGAUGACGGACAUCUAUCACUAUUGCAGGGAGGACAGGGACACAGCACAGCACACGCUGGAGCUUUGCCCGGCACGGCAGGGAGCUAUACACCCUGCGGCACGUCAUAGACGAAAAAUUGACCCCCUCGGCGAUUUUAGAAGCGAUGUUGAGCGGGCCACCGGAAUACGAUGCUGUCCACCUCUUCUGCAAGUUAUGCUCGCAAAGGAGCAAGCACAAACGGAAAGAAUAGAAAAACUCUCACCCUUGUAG